AUGGAUGUUCCUGGAUUUGGAAAGGCAGCCCACCCGAACUUCUCGAAAAGAAAAAAAACAACGUUCCAUCAGCGCCCAGCUUAUCCACUCCCCACGCUGACCUUCCCCGCAACCUCCCCGACCAACCUCCCUCUGCCGCCUCCUCGGCUCCGGCGCGCCUCCCACCGCCGGCCCCUCGGCCCCGGCGCGCUUCCCGCCAUCACCUACACUGACCGUACACACCUCCACCGCGGCCCAUCCCUGCCAGGACGCGCCUUCGCUGCCUCCCACCCCGGCCCUGACGCACCUCCAGCUCCCCCGGUUCCCACGCGCCUCCCGCCACCGGCCACCCAUCGCCGACGCCGCAGGCUGUGGAUCCAGCGGAGGGCUUCAUGGAGUCGGGAGCAGAACCUCGCUCGCACACCUGCGUUUGGGCCGCCGUCGGAGGGCCGUGCUCUAACUCCCUCCUGCCUCGCUCAGGAUGAUCGAACUGCAUCGCACGGAGGAGUUGACCCACUGGCGUGGCUGGCUUCUAUUCAUCGCCGUCGGGGCUUCUACCUAGCCGCUUGGCAUGUCAGUCAGCACUCCCUCCCCCUCCGUACAGUCGUCCAGCUCCACCCAUCUGAGCUUCCUCCAGGUAGCACUCACCUGCACCGUGCUUCCCACACUAUCGUGCAUCAACAAGGAGGCAAGCUGCACAGCAUUCAGAGGUGGAAGUGUGCAGAGAUGCACCGUCCAAGUCCCAAUUGCACUGACAGUGACCCAACACCAUCACAGUCCAGCCCCGUAGCGUCAGGGAGGUCGAGGCCAUCGCGAACAGAAGUCCACAACAGAAGGAUAUGAAGAACCCAGCCGGUGCUUCUUAGUUGAGGCAUGUCAGAAGCUUCCCUCCUAUCGUGUAAUGGUACAAAACUGUGUGUGGACGCUUUGUUGUGUCAGCUGAAGAAGUUCAAUGCAGGGAAACAGGAACUACGCCAUGUACAAGGGCUAUGUGCCGGCAUCGGUGAAGUUCUACUAAGCUAUACACCGGAUUUACUGGUCAUUGGUGAAAAAAUCAGUUAUUAAACAAACACUUUCAUAUGAUGUCAGCCAAAAGAAAUUGUGGAUGUGCUGCCCACGUGUGUGCGCGGUACACUGAAUUGAAAAAACUAGCUUUGUCAUGUUUAUUUUCCAUAUUAGUUUUAUAGUAAUUGUUUUUUGUGUUCAUGGAGUAAAUUAGGAAGUUCAAAUUUUAUGUUCAUGGAUCCAAAUAUUAAACAUU